AUGUCUUCUAAGAAAGUUAUGUUAACUGAUAUGCAAAAAGCUGCAUUAUGUAUUUAUGCUCAUGAUAAUAAAAUGACUCGAGCUAAAUAUGUUGAUUGGAUAGAACAACAAUGGGGUGUCAGAAUUGAUGAAAGCAUGGUUUCAAGAAUUUUAAAAACUAGAGUUCAUGUUGAAUUAUCAAUAAGGACAAUUUUAAGUAAUGCCAUCUUGAUUCAAAAAGUGAAGUUACUCGCUGCUGGGUUAGGAGUUCCUGAAGGAACAUUACAAUUUUCUUCCACUUCAGGUGAAGCUGCAUCUGUAGACAAUGAUGCUAUUACCAGUGCAUUACCAUUGUUAAGAUCUAAAUGUGCCAGUUAUCCACUUCAUAGAAUAUACAAUAUAGAUGAAGCUAGGCUUUUUUAUUGCUUAGAACUGGACCGAACCUUGGCAACCUAUUGUAUUGCUAGGUGUAAAGAAGAAGUAAGUACUGAGACUAUUCGUAAUUGCUGGCGACAUACUAAAAUUCUUUCUGUAAGCUCUAAUGUGGAUUUACGAAACCUUUCUGAAAAUAUUUGUCAAGUUAUUGAUUCUGAAAUUGAUGAUCUUGCUGCACUUAUUGAAAACCUUCAUUUUUUGGACCCUAUGCAGAGAUUGUUGAAAUUUUUUAAAAAAAAUGGAAAUUUAGAUGAAACCAAAAAAAUGGAUGAUAGUUCUGAGAUUCCUAUUGUUAGUGCCGAUUUAGCACUUGAAAGUUUGGAGACCGUUUAUAUGUACCUGCUACAACAAGAUAACACAA